AGUUGGUUAAUAAAGUUUGUUCAAACAAACAAUGUGACGUCACUACAAACAAUGGCAGCCAGCGGUUCAGCUGUAACGGUUCUGACUCCAAAUGGAAGAAGACAAGCGGUCAAAGUGUCUCCCAACACCCCGUUGUUGCAGGUUCUGGAGGAUGUCUGCCAAAAGCACGGGUUUGACCCCGGUGAUUACGGGUUAAAGUUUCAGAGGACAGUUCUUGACCUCACGCUGCCAUGGAGGUUCGCCAAACUUCCCAACAACGCCAAACUGGAAAUGGUGAUGAGUACGAAAAAGCAGGUCGGAGCGGACAACCAGGUGCGGGUUGCGCUCCAGAUGGAGGACGGCUCUCGGCUCCAGGGUUCCUUCUCCUCUGGACAGAGUCUGUGGGAGCUGGUCACACAUUUCCCUCAGAUCAGCCAGCCGGAGCUGUCUGAAGCAGGAGCCACUCCUGUGUGUGUUUACAUGAGAGAUGAGGUGAGCGGGGCAGAAGCCUUAAAGAAGACCACGCUGAAGUCCCUGGGUCUGACAGGAGGAAGCGCCAUUUUCAGGUUUCUUCUGAAAAAAGAUAAAACAGCAGGUGAGGAGGAUGACACCGCUGCUGUGCCACUCACCCUUGUUGCCAAGGAAACCACAGCCAGCUCAUCACCUCCAUCCGAUGCUGCUCCAUUAUUCUCAGAGCCUAAACUAGAACCGAUGCCUGCUGAGAACUCGGUUCCUGAUCAGCCAAUGGAAACUUCGCCUGUGCCAACUCCUGCCAUGGCUACAAGCAAGACCCCUGUUCAUCAGGAAGCAGUUCAACCCAAAGCCCCUCCCACGGGAAGUGAAAUACCGUUUGAGGAUGGAGAGAAAGCAGGGCCUUCAGGGCUGGACUCUCACCCAUCAUCUUCCUCCCCUGCUUCUCCUUCAGCUCCCUUCAUUCCUUUCUCUGGAGGUGGUCAGCGACUGGGGGACCCAGAGGAAGGAGCCAUUGCUCGCUCACUAUCUUCAUCAUCGUCUUCACCUCUGUCUGCUCUUACAGUAGAAUCACCGAAAGCCAAAAAAGCUAAAUCCAGCCACAGUUCCAGCACUAAGUUUAUAGGAGCUGCUAUCAUACAAGAUAAGGAAAUGGACCACAUGGAGGAAUAUUUGGAGCCAAUUGAGAGGGAGCCUCUGAUCUAUCACCUGGACUCCUCGUCCCGUCACACCGAGGUCAACCAAGAUCUGCCUGACGAGUUCUUUGAAGUGACGGUGGAUGACGUGCGAAAGCGCUUUGCCCAGCUGAAGAGCGAGAGGAAGUCAUUAGAGGAGACGCCACUCAUGACUAAAUCCAUGAGAGAGACUCGGAUGAAAGAGAAGAUCGAGCGAUAUCCGAAAGUGGUCCUGAGGGUCCAGUUUCCUGACAGACAUGUUCUGCAGGGCUUCUUCAGGCCUCUUGAGACAGUUGGUGUGGUGAAACAGUUUGUGAGGAGUCACCUGGAGGAUCCUAGAGUCAGUUUUUACCUGUUCAUCACCCCCCCUAAAGUGAUCCUAAAUGAUCCUGCAGCAACGCUCCUACAGGCCGACUUGUUUCCUGGUGCUCUGGUGUACUUCGGCUCCGACAUCAAGACAGAUUUUUACAUCAAGAAGGAGCUGCUGGAAACGUCUGUGUCGGCCUCCCAGGCAAACCAGUCCAUAAAAAGCUGCAUGCUCCAUUCUCCAGAAGCUUCCUGCAGCUCUGCAGGUGUUGUAGAAGCGGCGCCUCUUCCUGACCCCAAAGGGUCCAAACAGGAAGACCCAGGCCCAUCAGCACACCCGCAGGCUGCUAAACCGGUCAGAUCAGACCCAGGCAAAGUGCCCAAGUGGCUCAAGCUGCCAGGUAAGAAAUGAGACGUGUGACCAUCGGAGGACUCUGGUGCAUUUAGAGGUUUGCCUCUCUGAUCACGGUGGACUUGAUUUAUGGUGGAAGACGCCUGCAUCCCAGUAGGUUUCCAAAAUAGAGGAAAAUGGUUGAAUAAAUGAAUUUCCAAGAGGAUUGUUGAAGAUUCCAGUUUGUGUUUGGGAGAAGAGUGUGCUGUGAAGGAUCAGAAGUUAAAGUGCUAGUUCUGUUUUAAAACUUGUGUUUAAAUAAAAUUUUCAAAUGUAAAACUAAA